GUAAUAUAUAUAUACACACACACACACAUAUAUAUAUAUAUAUAUAACGUUUGCGGAGCUCACCCCGCAACACACAUACGCGGCCGGCCAGCAGAUAAUCAAAAAGGUGUUUCUCUCACUCGAGCGCGGGCAAAAUAUAAGUAUAGCCAUCAGCAGCAGAGGAUACCGUACUAACAUAAUGGCGAUGCUCCGAGGGCGGUUCGUCGGAAUCGUCGCUGUCUGAAUUGCUCUUCCGCGACGACGAGUGAGGUGAAAGCCGUGUGUGUGUGUGUGUGAGUGUAUAUAUAUCCAAAGCUAGAUCGUGUCGUCAGGUGCAUCAGCUGGAGGUUACGCUGGCGAAGUGCGACUCUGCAAAUGGAGUAGUGAGUGCCGGAGAGCGAGCAGGACUCUUGGAUAAGAUUAGAGAAAUAAAGAGCAAGGAGGACGGAAUAAUCGGCUACCCGGAGCCGGUGCUGCACAGCAGGUGUGCGGAAGGUAGGCGACGAGGGCGAUGGGCGAUUGGGAAACGAUGGCUUUGUCGAGCCUGCAGCUGACGACGCCCGAGCACAGAUACUACGGCGAUAUAUUCAUCUACUGCUGCGAGAACGCCGACACCGACCUCGUGCCCACGGCCAAAGUUGGCAAGCUCCUUAGGUCUGCUAAUCUACCCUCCGAGGUUACCCUCCAGAUACUAGAUAUUUGCGGUGGUGCUAAAAGUAAUACACUCAACAGAAAGCAGUUUUAUGCUGCAUUAAAACUGGUAGCAGCACAUCAAGCUGGCCUCGAAGUUCACAAGGAUUUAAUUUGUGCUUCUGUGGACGAACUUGCUCUGCCAAAAUUUACAUGGCCUUCUUCAACGGGAGAUGAAGAGGAGGGAAAUAAAAAGCGCUUCUCUAAAAAAAGUUCGAAGAUCAGAUCUGGCCAUAUGCCUGAAAGUACAACUGAAAGUGAAAGUGAGGCGGAAUCACCGAGAGAGACUGAAGGUGGUAGUACAGACUCACCAACACCAACCAAUAGUGUGAUUCAAGAGAGAAAUGAUGGUGCAUUAGGUGGUGAAGCCAAUCUGGAUUCAGUAACUGGGGGAUGGCAAAGUCUACUUGUUUCUGAGGAACAAAGACAAUUAUUGGGUACUGAGGAAGAAAGUUCGGAACGUCAUAGCAGUGAUGAUGGUGAAGGCGAAGACGGCGAGAGUUUUCCGCCUGAGCAAGUCUGGACGAUCAGCGAGGAGCAACGCGAGUACUACGCGGCUCAAUUCGCUCAACUUCAACCGAAUCCUGAAGGUCUGCUGGCUGGCUCAUUGGCACGCAAAUUCUUUGAGAAGUCACGGUUGCCGGUGGAAGAACUUCGCCGCAUAUGGCAGUUAGCUGACGUGACUCGCGACAGCGCCUUGAGCCUCCAGGAGUUUUAUGUGGCUAUGCACCUGGCAGUAUUGCGUCGAAAUCACGUACCCUUGCCCGACGUUCUGCCGCCCUCAUUGGCCAUGCUUAUCGUCACUCCUCAGACAUCUACAGUGCCGAUUGUGGCUCCGCAAGUCCCGCCACCGGUGCAACAGGCACCGCCACCACCACAGCCAGCAGUUGUUCCGCCAGUGCCUGCACCCAGAGGUAGUCCAACCGCAAGAGCCGCCGCGGCAGCCGCAGCAGCUGUGCACUCAGCCCACAACGUCGGUGGCAAGGACAAAAGCAAAGAGUGGACGAAGUUCGUGGACUCGCCAACAGGCACGAGUGCUGGAAACAACAAUGGUGGCGGCAACAGCGGCAGCGGGGGCAGCAACGGUGGUUCGCUAACUAGUCCAGGCCCCAAGCCUGUGAACUUUGAUUUUCAGAAAGCGGCUCUGGAGCGCGAUCCGAAGAUUCUCCACCCAGUGCCUCUUAGACUGACGCCCGAGGCUGCUAUUUUGGCUUCCAAUGCGAACGGCAACAACGGUGUGGUACCGAUCCUUGGUGACGAUGAUUUAUCGCUCACUUCUGGAUUGGUGCAAAGGCCCUUAGCCAAAAAACCGGGGGGACUGCCACUGCCAGACGAGACUGUGAUAGCGACGCCGAAAAAGGAGCCGCCACCACCGCCACCGCCUAGACCCUAUAGGACCCACACCAGGAGCUCCAGUCUUGAUCUAAACAAACUAGGAGCUCCGCCUACUGUACCGCCACGCGUAUCACCAGGAAUCACAACGAGUACAACGAGAAAAUUAGUCGGUCAAAAGAGUGAAGGCGAAGGCCCAAGGAUACACAACGACGAACCAGGUUUCAUUGCCGAUUUUUCGCAAUUCGCCCCACGAACAGAAGAGAGUCAGACUGUAGAAAACAAUGUUCCUCCCUCGCAACAAUUUACUGGAGUUUACGGUGCAUUCCAUAUUUAUAAAAAACCUAGUAAUAGAAGGGGAAGUGGACAAGAAGAGAUGACAAAAGACGAGACGGAUGAAAUUAGCAAAAAACUGACGUUACAGGAGUUGCGUGAAAAGAAUGCGGAGCUGCGGCAAGUCUGUGAAGAAUUGACUCGUGAACUAGCGGGUGCCCUUCAGGAACGAAUAAACCUCAGGGCAAAGCUUUUACUUUUAACAUGAUCCCACUCUUUGUCCUGUCUUGUUAUCAAGUACUGAGGUACUGCACUCGCGUGCAAUGGACGAUUGAAACGUACCAUUCGAAAUUAUCAGACAUAAAACUAUGAUGCGUGAUUUAAGUUACAAUACAAAAAGUGAUAUUCUUUUAGAAUUUAGAUAACGCUUUUGCUUGAUGAAAGCAAAAAAAAAUGGUACAUAAACAAUUUUAGUAUAACAUUUUAUUUUUCGUCGACUUUGCAGGAUUAUCAUUUUUUCUAUUGUUUGACUAACCAUUUUUUCGUAAUAUGUUAAAAUAAAAUCCGGGGGAGUUUACAUUUUGUUGAUUACUAACAAAAUUUAAUAUAGUUUAUUGAGAAUCAGUAAUUAUUGGUAUUAGAACAAAAAUGUGUUUCCUUAUUUAUUUUUAAAAUCAAAUUUAAAUUACCAUUGCGAGGAAUCUGUAGUUGUUUUAACAUAUAAUUAUGAUUAAAUUAUUUGUCUAUACUUUAUUUGGAGUAAAAUGAAUUCUUAAAGAGAAAAUAACUUCAACGGUACGUUUCAAAUCACAAAAUAUCAAUUUGAUUAUUUCUUUCUUUAUUCUAUUUCAUUUAUUAUAAAUCGCGAACAUCGCACAUUUUUUCAUUCUCACAUCAUCUUUGAUCAUCGAUUAUUAAAACUCGGAUACUAGUCGUCCUUGUAUAAUAAUAUUUAUAUGCUCGUUAAUCUUUCUUAUACUAUUACUUGCAACUCUCAGAAAAAAAAUAUCGUAAUCUCUUUUUUGGGUCAUCGACACUAUCACAAUAUAUAAUGAAUGAUAAUCCAUAACAAUAUUUGAAUAAAUAAAACAAUUCUUCCGAGGGCACUAAAAAAAUAAGAAUCUUUAUUAUUAAAGAGAUUGCAUAAAGCUGCAUAUCAGAAAAAUUAAAACGUAUAAAUCUACAUUUACUGUUUGUUAAAGUCACAGAGUCUUCAAAAUAUUGUUGUAAAUUUAUAUAAGGUAUUCAAUGCUUUGUGAAGUUCGGUUAAAGAACUUCACAGUCAAUGCUGCAGAAACAAAACAAAAAAUCAUAUUUUCGUAAUUAAUGCUACAUAAUCAAAUCUUCGUCGUGCAAAGGUUUAAAGUUGAUCUUAACUGUAGCUCGUAAGAAAAAAUGAGAUACAUGCGUUGGAAUUAAGUGCUUACAUGUUAAGUUUACCUUUUUGUUCUUUUCGCUGUUGUAAAUAUACAUGAUUUCGAAUUCUUGACGUAGACGUCAGCGAUCACCGACGAGGAUAUUAAAAUAAGAAUGACAAAAGUGACUAUACAAAAUCCUGAAAUAAAUCUAAUUGCAACUGCCUUGUCGGCUGGUUGUACCGACAUUGGAUCAUUUAUUGAAUCAUUUUAUUAUAAUUAUAGGCAGAAAAAUGCGAUCAAUUAGCAAUGUUACAGAAAAGAAUAUAAUUAUGUGCGUUUUAAAUUAUCCAUUAUACAUAUAUAUAUAUAUAUAUAUAUAUAUAUAUAUUCAAGUCUGUGCCAUAACUACGAUGCGAUAUUUUAUAAUUAAUCAAUUUGUUAGAAUCGUUUUAGUAUUCAAGCUUAAAAAUGUUCAAUACCUAUGGAAACAAGUCGCCUUUUUGUAUUUAUAUAAAUACAUUUGUAUUAUAUAUAAAAAGUUGAUGCCCAUUACAACAAAAAAGUAAAAUCGAAAUAUUGGUUUCUUAAUUUUCCUGAAAGUAUUUAAUGAGACUGUUAAAUAGCGAUUUUGAUAAUAACACAUAUAUUGUUAAUUCGUAUUAUAUACCUAAUCUUCGUUAUUAGUCGCGAGAAUUAUAAUUUAAAAAAAUUUGUAAUUAUAAAAAAUUGAGACAAUAUAUUAAUAUUAGUAGUCAUUCAACGCACUCUAUGACACAAAUAACUUUAAGUCAAAAUGCUAUAGAAUUAAAAUAUGAAUAAAUGUUAUGAGAGAAUAGAAUGUCAUUUAUCAUUUUACGAAACUAUAGUUAACAAUAAUUAAAAUCGGAGGACUUAUAGAAAUAAAAUAAGUUAAAAUUAAA